AAAGAACCUGAAAAGCACCAGAAUAAAAGGGGUCUUUCAGAAACCAGCAAAGAUGAAUAUGGUGAAAAGGAUAAUGGGUCGACCCCGGCAGGAGGAAUGUAGCCCUCAGGAUAAUGCUCUUGGAUUGAUGCAUCUGCGUCGACUCUUCACGGAAUUGUGUCAUCCACCUCGGCACAUGACCCAGAAAGAACAGGAAGAGAAGCUUUACAUGAUGCUCCCCGUUUUUAAUAGGGUAUUUGGAAAUGCACCCCCUAGUACAAUGAUAGAAAAAUUCUCAGAUCUCCUUCAGUUUACAACACAAGUGUCACGAUUGAUGGUGACUGAAAUUCGGCGGAGAGCCUCUAACAAGUCUACAGAGGCUGCAAGUCGUGCCAUAGUCCAGUUUCUGGAGAUCAAUCAGAGUGAAGAAGCCAGUAGAGGCUGGAUGUUGCUUACUACAAUUAACUUGUUAGCUUCAUCUGGACAGAAAACAGUGGACUGCAUGACGACUAUGUCAGUGCCUUCCACGCUUGUGAAAUGUCUCUAUCUGUUUUUUGACCUUCCACAUGUGCCUGAGGUGGCUGGAGGAGCCCAGAAUGAGCUGCCUCUAGCAGAACGUAGAACGCUAUUGCAGAAAGUGUUUGUGCAGAUCUUGGUGAAACUCUGCAGUUUUGUGUCCCCGGCGGAAGAACUUGCUCAAAAGGAUGAUCUUCAGCUUCUAUUCAGUGCAAUAACCUCAUGGUGCCCUCCCUAUAACCUGCCUUGGAGAAAGAGUGCAGGCGAAGUCCUAAUGACCAUAUCACGUCAUGGCCUUAGUGUCAAUGUAGUGAAAUACAUUCACGAAAAAGAAUGCCUGUCAACAUGUGUUCAAAACAUGCAACAAUCGGAUGACCUUUCUCCCUUAGAAAUAGUUGAGAUGUUUGCUGGCCUUUCUUGCUUCCUCAAAGAUUCCAGUGAUGUCUCCCAAACACUCUUAGAUGAUUUUAGGAUAUGGCAAGGAUACAACUUCCUCUUUGAUCUCUUACUCAGGUUAGAACAAGCAAAAGAAGCAGAAUCUAAGGAUGCUCUGAAGGACUUGGUGAAUUUGAUAACCUCAUUAACAACAUAUGGUGUCAAUGAAUUAAAGCCAACAGGUGUUACUACAGGGGCACCUUUUCUGUUGCCUGGAUUUGCCGUCCCACAACCUGCAGGCAAAGGUCACAAUGUGAGGAAUAUCCAAGCCUUCUCUGUCCUACAGAAUGCUUUCCUGAAGGCAAAAACCAGCUACCUUGCACAAAUUAUCCUUGAUGCCAUCUUAAAUAUCUACAUUGCCGACAAUGCCAACUAUUUCAUCUUGGAAUCCCAGCACACUUUGUCCCAGUUUGCAGAGAAAAUUUCCAAGCUUCCAGAAGUACAGGCCAAAUACUUUGAGAUGCUUGAGUUUGUUGUGUUUAGCUUGAAUUACAUACCUUGCAAAGAACUGAUCAGCGUCAGCAUCCUCUUAAAAUCCAGCACCUCUUACCCAUGUAGCAUCAUUGCAAUGAAGACACUACUUAAGUUCACACGGCAUGACUACAUCUUUAAGGACGUCUUCAGGGAGGUGGGACUCCUGGAGGUGAUGGUGAACCUUUUACAUAAGUAUGCAGCUCUUCUGAAAGAGCCUACACAGGCUCUGAAUGAUCAAGGGGACUCAAGAAACAACAGUUCAUUUGAAGACCAAAAGCAGCUUGCUUUGCUGGUUAUGGAGACCUUGACAGUACUGCUUCAAGGAUCGAACACAAAUGCAGGCAUUUUCAGGGAGUUUGGUGGAGCAAGGUGUGUACAUAACAUAGUAAAAUAUCCACAAUGCAGGCAACAUGCACUGAUGAUAAUCCAGCAGCUGGUGUUAUCACCAAGUGGCGACGAUGACAUGGGGACUCUCUUGGGAUUAAUGCACUCUGCUCCACCUACAGAAUUACAGUUGAAGACUGACAUAUUAAGGGCCCUGCUGUCCGUGCUGAAAGAGAGUCAUCGCACGAGAACGGUUUUCAGAAAAGUUGGUGGAUUUGUGUAUGUCACAUCUUUACUUGUUGCCAUGGAAAGAUCCUUGUGCUCUCCACCUAAGAAUGGCUGGGAGAAAGUGAACCAGAACCAAGUGUUUGAGCUGCUCCACACUGUGCUCUGUACCUUGACUGCAGCAAUGCGCUAUGAGCCAGCCAAUUCACACUUCUUCAGAACGGAGAUCCAGUACGAAAAGUUGGCCGAUGCUGUGAGGUUACUUGGCUGCUUCUCAGACUCCAGGAAAAUAAGCCCUUUUAACAUCUUCCCCUCAAACACUCAGCCCUUUCAAAGACUGUUGGAAGAUGACCUCAUAUCCAUGGAUUCGGUGUCACCCACGUUAAGGCAUUGCAGCAAACUCUUUAUUUACCUCUACAAAGUAGCUACAGACUCUUUCGACAGUCGUGCUGAACAGAUCCCUCCUUGCCUGACAAAUGAGACUUCUCUCCCCUCUCCUUGGGGCACACCAGCUUUGUCGAGGAAAAGGCACGCAUAUCAUUCUACUUCAACACCUCCAGUAUUUCCUCCCAAAAACCCUACUGAUUUGAAACUGCACAAAGGAACUGUGUCUCUGCAGAGUUCAGAUGCUGUCAUCAUCCAUCCUGGAGCUAUGCUUUCCAUGUUGGACCUCUUAGUCUCUGUUGGGUCAAAUACACAGCCAGAACAUGCCCUAGAUCUUCAGCUAGCAGUGGCCAACAUCUUGCAGUCUCUAGUGCACACCGAAAGAAAUCAGCAAGUCAUGUGUGAAGCUGGACUCCAUGCACGACUUCUGCAGAGAUGCAGCGCGGCUCUUGCUGAUGAGGACCACUCUUUGCACCCCCCACUCCAGAGGAUGUUUGAAAGGUUGGCCUCUCAGGCGUUGGAACCAAUGGUGCUGAGGGAAUUUUUACGUUUGGGAAAUCCUCUGAAUUGUGGAGCCUGGGAUAAGAAGCUGUUGAAACGAUACAGAGUGCAUAAACCAAGCUCACUCAGUUAUGAGCCAGAGUUGAGAAAUAGCAUGAUUACAUCAAUGGAGGGCCUGGGUACCGACUGUGUGUUCAGUUUACAUGAAGAUAACCACUACAGGAUAAGCAAGAGCCUUUUAAAACCAGCAGAAGGAAGCACAGUACCCCUGACGAGGGUGAAAUGUUUGGUUUCCAUGACAACCCCACAUGAUAUUAGACUUCAUGGCUCAGCAGUUACUCCGGCAUUUAUUGAAUUUGACACGUCUCUUGAAGGGUUUGGCUGUCUGUUCUUACCAAGUUUGGCCCCUCAUAAUGCACCUACCAACAAUGUGGUCACAACUGGGCUUAUUGAUGGCACUGUGGUCAGUGGAAUUGGAACCGGAGAGAGACUUUUCCCACCCCCAUCUGGAUUGAGCUAUUCAAGUUGGUUUUGCAUAGAACAUUUUAGUACAGCUCCAAAUCAUCACCCAGUCAGGUUACUUACAGUUGUAAGAAGGGCAAACAGCUCCGAGCAGCACUAUAUAUGCCUUGCCAUUGUCCUUUCUGCAAAAGACCGGUCACUGAUUGUUUCAACUAAAGAAGAACUACUUCAGAACUAUGUUGAUGACUUCAGUGAAGAAUCUUCCUGCUAUGAAAUCCUCCCUUGCUGCACUCGUUUUCGUUGCGGCGACCAUAUAGUGGAAGGCCAGUGGCAUCAUAUGGUUCUGGUCAUGAGCAAAGGCAUGCUGAAAAACAGCACCGCUGCACUCUACAUUGAUGGGCAGCUGAUAAAUACUGUGAAGCUUCAUUAUAUUCACAGUAGUCCUGGUGGUUCAAGUUGUGCUAAUCCACCAGUAGUCAGCACAGUUUACACCUAUAUAGGCUCGCCACCUGCUCAACGCCAGCUCUCAUCCCUUGUUUGGCGCCUGGGGCCAACCCAUUUCUUAGAAGAGGUCUUGCCUCCAUCAAGUGUUAGCACGAUUUAUGAACUAGGACCAAACUAUGUUGGAAGCUUUCAAGCUGUAUAUAUGCCAUGCAAGGAUUCAAAACCAGAAGGAGUCAGCCCGUCUCCAGUAUCGUUGGUCCCAGAAGAAAAAGUUUCUUUUGGCCUCUAUGCACUCUCUGUUUCGUCACUGACAGUGGCAAGGAUUAGAAAAGUUUAUAACAAACUGGACAGUAAGGCCAUAGCCAAGCAGUUGGCUGUUUCAUCUCAUGAGAAUGCCACUCCAGUGAAGCUGCUUCACAAUUCAGGAGGACAUCUGAAUGGACCUGCACGUACCAUUGGUGCAGCUCUGAUAGGAUAUCUGGGAGUAAGAACGUUUGUCCCAAAGCCUGUUGCCACUACGUUACAGUACAUUGGUGGAGCAGCUGCUAUUCUGGGUCUGGUAGCCAUGGCUUCGGAUGUCGAGGGGCUGUAUGCUGCUGUGAAGGCCCUUGUGUGUGUGGUAAAGAGCAACCCUCUGGCUAGCAAAGAAAUGGAAAGAAUCAAAGGUUAUCAGUUAUUGGCAAUGCUGUUAAAGAAGAAACGCUCUCUCCUGAAUAGCCACAUUCUUCAUUUGACCUUUUCCUUGGUGGGGACUGUUGACAGCGGUCACGAAACAUCCAUUAUUCCAAAUUCAACUGCCUUCCAGGACCUGCUUUGCGACUUCGAGGUCUGGCUGCAUGCACCCUAUGAACUUCACCUUUCCUUAUUCGAACAUUUCAUUGAGCUUCUUACUGAAUCCAGUGAAGCAGCAAAGAAUGCAAAACUGAUGAGGGAGUUCCAGCUUAUCCCAAAACUUCUGUUGACACUUCGAGAUAUGUCUUUGUCUCAGCCAACAAUUGCCGCUAUUAGCAACGUACUGAGCUAUUUGCUUCAAGGAUUCCCUAGCAGCAAUGACUUGCUCAGGUUUGGGCAGUUCAUCUCUUCUACUUUGCCUACAUUUGCAGUCUGUGAGAAAUUUGUAGUCAUGGAGAUGAACAAUGAAGAAAAGCUUGACACUGGAACGGAAGAAGACUUUGGAGGUCUUGUUUCUGCAAAUCUUAUCCUUCUGAGGAACCGAUUGCUGGACAUACUGCUUAAGCUUGUGUAUACAUCUAAAGAAAAAAACAGUGUCAACUUGCAGGCUUGUGAAGAACUGGUCCGGACCCUGGGGUUUGACUGGAUUAUGCUGUUUAUGGAAGAGCACUUGCACCCUACCACAGUGACAGCAGCCAUGAGGAUUCUGGUGGUCCUGUUGAGCAACCCGGCCAUUCUCAUCAAGUUCAAGGAAGGCCUCACUGGCGGGGGCUGGCUUGAGCAAACAGAUUCUGUGUUGACUAAUAAGAUUGGAACGGUGCUUGGUUUCAACGUUGGCAGGAGUGCUGGCGGCAGAUCGACUGUCAGGGAAAUUAACCGGGAGGCUUGUCAUUUCCCAGGCUUUCCGGUUCUUCAGUCAUUUCUUCCUAAGCACACGAAUGUGCCUGCGCUCUAUUUCCUCCUAAUGGCACUUUUCCUGCAGCAGCCAGUCACUGAACUGCCUGAAAACCUGCAGGUCAGUGCACCUGUCAUCACCAGCCGAUGUAAUCAGGGAGGCCAGUUUGACUUGGAUUCCAUUUGGACAUUUAUAUUUGGUGUUCCUGCAUCAAGUGGCACUGUGGUUGCUUCAGUUCACAAUCUUUGCACAGAAGCUGCAUUUCUGCUGCUGGGGAUGCUUAGGAGCAUGUUGAAUUCACCUUGGCAGUCCGAAGAAGAGGGUUCUUGGCUUCGGGAAUAUCCAGUCACCUUGAUGCAGUUUUUCCGCUACUUGUAUCACAAUGUUCCUGAUCUGGCUUCAAUGUGGAUGAGCCCCGAGUUUCUUUGUGCACUGGCAGCUACUGUAUUCCCUUUCAACAUCCGGCCAUACUCAGAAAUGGUUACGGAUUUGGAUGAUGAAGUUGGAUCUCCAGCAGAGGAGUUCAAAGCAUUUGCCUCUGACACAGGAAUGAACCGAAGCCAGUCAGAAUACUGCAAUGUUGGAUCCAAGACCUAUUUGACCAACCACCCCGCUAAGAAGUUUGUGUUUGACUUCAUGCGUGUGCUGAUAAUUGAUAACCUCUGCCUUACACCUGCUAGCAAGCAAACUCCUUUAAUAGACCUUCUCUUGGAGGCCUCUCCCGAGAGAUCGACGAGAGCACAGCAAAAAGAAUUUCAGACCUAUAUUUUGGACAGUGUGAUGGACCAUUUGCUUGCUGCUGAUGUUCUAUUGGGGGAGGACGCAUCUCUGCCUAUAACAAGUGGAGGAAGCUAUCAGGUGCUUGUAAACAAUGUGUUCUAUUUCACCCAGCGUGUGGUGGAUAAACUUUGGCAAGGCAUGUUCAACAAGGAAUCCAAGCUGCUUAUAGAGUUCAUAAUCCAGUUAAUUGCACAGUCAAAAAGAAGAUCUCAGGGAUUAUCACUGGAUGCCGUUUAUCACUGCCUGAACAGGACCAUCUUAUACCAAUUCUCGAGACCACACAAAACAGUUCCUCAGCAAGUGGCUCUCCUUGAUUCUCUAAGGACACUUACUGUCAAUCGAACUCUGAUCUUGGGUCCUGGGAAUCACGACCAAGAGUUCUUCAGCUGCCUGGCUCAUUGCUUGAUGAAUUUGCAUGCUGGGAGCAGCGUAGAUGGGUUUGGCCUGGAAGCAGAAGCCAGGAUGACUACUUGGCAUGUAAUGAUCCCUUCUGAUGUCGAGCCAGAUGGAGUCUACAAUCAAGAUGUUAGUGAAGGUCGCCAGCUUCUUUUAAAAGCUGUAAAUCGUGUGUGGACAGAACUGUUCUACAGCAAGAAACAGGCUUUGGAGGAGGUAUUCAAAGUAUCUCUCCCCGUCAAUGACAGGGGCCAUGUGGAUAUUGCCCUUGUAAAGCCCCUUGUGGAAGAAGCCAGUUUAAAAUGUUGGCAAAAUCACUUGGCUCAUGAAAAGAAAAGCAUCAGUAGAGGAGAAGCCUUGGCUCCGACUACCCAGUCCAAGCUCUCCCGGGUCAGCAGUGGAUUCGGUCUUUCCAAGCUAACAGGAUCGAGAAGAAACCGAAAAGAAAGCGGUCUUAACAAACAUAAUCUAUCCACGCAGGAGAUCUCUCAGUGGAUGUUUACUCACAUAGCAGUGGUUCGAGACUUGGUAGAUAUGCAGUAUAAAGAAUACCAAGAGCGUCAGCAGAAUGCGUUGAAGUAUGUGACAGAAGAGUGGUCUCAGAUUGAAUACGAGUUGUUACGGGAGAGAGGACUGUGGGGCCCUCCUAUUGGCUCUCACCUGGACAAGUGGAUGCUGGAGAUGACAGAAGGUCCCUGUCGAAUGAGGAAGAAGAUGGUGCGAAAUGACAUGUUUUAUAUUCAGUAUCCUUACAUGCCGGAUACUGAACAUGAGACAAAUAUGCUGUCUGACUUCUCAAGUAAGCCUCCUGAGACAUCUGACGAUACCAUUCCUCAAAAGAAACCUGCGCGCUACCGAAGAGCUAUAAGCUAUGACAGCAAAGAAUACUACAUGCGCCUGGCUUCUGGAAACCCUGCUGUCUUUCAAGACACUGUCGAAGAGAGCUCUGAAGGAGAAACUGCUCAGCAGGAGCCAGAACAUGGGGAAGAUACUAUUGCAAGAGUUAAAGGUCUUGUUAAACCGCCACUGAAGAGAUCUCGUUCCGCACCUGAUGGUGGUGAUGAGGAGAAUCAGGAGCAGCUGCAGGAUCAAAUAGCUGAGAGCAGCUCUAUAGAUGAAGAGGAGAAAACCGAUAACACAACUUUGCUUCGACUGCUCGAAGAAGGGGAGAAGAUUCAACACAUGUACCGCUGUGCUCGGGUUCAAGGCCUAGACACCAGUGAGGGGCUCCUCCUCUUUGGCAAAGAGCACUUUUAUGUGAUUGAUGGCUAUACCAUGACCGCCACCAGAGAAAUACGGGACAUUGAAACCCUGUCUCUAAAUAUGCAUGAGCCAAUUAUACCCAGAGGAGCCCGACAGGGUCCAAGUCAACUCAAAAGGACAUGCAGUAUUUUUGCAUACGAGGAUAUUAAGGAAGUGCACAAAAGAAGAUACCUGCUACAGCCAAUUGCUGUUGAAGUAUUCUCUGGAGAUGGACGCAACUAUCUUCUUGCUUUUCAGAAAGGAGUGAGAAAUAAAGUCUACCAAAGGUUUCUGGCUGUCGUUCCAUCUUUAACUGACAGUUCAGAGUCUGUGUCUGGACAGCGACCCAACACCAGUGUGGAACAAGGGUCUGGCUUGCUGAGCACCCUAGUGGGGGAGAAAUCUGUUACACAAAGGUGGGAGAGAGGUGAAAUCAGUAAUUUCCAGUAUCUGAUGCACCUAAACACUUUGGCUGGCCGAUCCUACAAUGACCUCAUGCAGUAUCCUGUUUUCCCGUGGAUCCUUGCAGACUAUGAUUCAGAGGAAUUGGAUCUUACGAACCCAAAGACAUUUAGAAACUUGGCCAAACCGAUGGGAGCCCAGACUGACGAGAGGUUAGCUCAGUAUAAGAAGCGCUACAAGGACUGGGAAGACCCUAAUGGUGAAACUCCAGCUUAUCAUUACGGCACCCAUUAUUCAUCAGCAAUGAUAGUAGCCUCAUAUCUUGUGCGAAUGGAACCCUUUACACAGAUAUUCUUAAGGCUACAGGGCGGCCACUUUGACUUGGCUGACAGAAUGUUCCACAGCGUCCGUGAAGCCUGGUAUUCUGCAUCUAAGCACAAUAUGGCAGAUGUCAAGGAGCUUAUCCCGGAAUUCUUCUACCUCCCAGAGUUGCUACUCAAUUCCAACAACUUUGAUCUAGGUUGCAAGCAGAAUGGCACUAAACUUGGGGAUGUAAUACUCCCCCCAUGGGCUAAAGGGGAUCCCCGCGAAUUCAUCAGAGUGCAUCGGGAGGCUUUGGAAUGCGAUUUUGUGAGUUCCCACCUGCACGAGUGGAUAGACUUGAUAUUUGGCUACAAACAGCAAGGGCCGCCUGCAGUAGAAGCUGUAAAUGUUUUCCAUCAUCUCUUCUAUGAGGGCCAAGUGGACAUAUACAACAUAAACGAUCCAUUAAAAGAAACGGCUACUAUAGGAUUCAUUAACAACUUUGGACAGAUACCGAAACAGUUGUUUAAGAAACCUCACCCUCCAAAGCGAGUGAGAAGCCGAAUUAAUGGAGAAAUAAGUGGGGUUUCUAUCCCACCAGGUAUUGCCAGUGGCAAGAUUUUUUUCCAUCAUUUAGACAACCUGAGGCCUUCUCUUGCACCAGUAAAAGAGCUCAAGGAGCGUGUAGGACAGAUCGUGUACACGGACAAAGGAAUUUUAGCAGUGGAGCAGAAUAAAGUGCUAAUUCCGCCAGCCUGGAAUAAAACCUUUGCUUGGGGUUAUGCAGAUCUCAGCUGCAGGCUGGGAACCUAUGAGUCAGACAAGGCCGUGAUCGUUUAUGAAUGCUUAUCGGAAUGGGGACAGGUUCUCAGUGCCAUCUGUCCAAAUCCCAAGCUGGUCAUCACCGGAGGAACCAGCACAGUUGUUUGUGUAUGGGAGAUGGGCACCUCCAAGGAAAAAGCCAGAACGCUCACUCUUAAGCAGGCGCUGCUCGGCCACACCGAGGCAGUCACGUGUUUGACCGCCUCUCUGGCCUAUCACAUCAUUGUGAGCGGGUCUCGGGACCGCACCUGCAUCAUCUGGGAUUUGAACAAGCUCUCCUUUUUAACGCAGCUUCGUGGCCACCGGGCCCCCGUUUCAGCCCUCUGCAUCAACGAACUGACGGGAGACAUUGUGUCUUGCGCUGGCACUUACAUCCACGUGUGGAGCAUUAAUGGGAACCCCAUAGUGAGCGUGAACACUUUCACCGGGCGCAGCCAGCAAAUCCUGUGCUGUUGUAUGUCAGAAAUGAACGAAUGGGAUACCCAGAACGUGAUUGUGACAGGGCAUUCAGAUGGAGUGGUCCGAUUCUGGCGAAUGGAGUUUCUGCAGGUCCCGGAAACUCCAGCUCCUGAACCUGUGGAGGCGCUCGAGAUGCAGGAAGAGUGUCCGGAAACCCAAAUAGGAGAGGAAGCCCCGGAUGAGGACAGCAGCGAUUCGGAAGCAGAAGACCAGGGCCUUGGCCAGGACCCGAAGUUGCAGGAAAGCCGGAGCCAGCCAGGCAGCGCCAGCCACAGGCCUCGCUCGUCCUCAGCCCGAGCAGCAGCUGCGUGGUCGGCAGACAGCAGCUCUGACGACUCGAGGCGCUGGUCCGACCAGCUCAGCUUGGAUGAGAAGGAUGGCUUCAUCUUCGUGAACUACUCCGAGGGGCAAGCGAAAGUCCACCCCCAGGUUCAAGCUAACCACCCACACCCUAAUCCAGGGGAACUACGACAUUACAGCAAGCUCAAGCCAGGCUACAGAUGGGAGCGGCAGCUAGUGUUCAGGAGCAAACUAACUAUGCACACGGCCUUUGAUCGCAAGGACAACGCACAUCCUGCAGACAUCACAGCACUGGGCAUCUCCAAGGAUCACAGCAGGAUUCUCGUAGGCGACAGCAGAGGCAGAGUGUUCAGCUGGUCAGUGAGUGACCAGCCCGGCCGCUCUGCAGCUGACCACUGGGUGAAAGAUGAGGGAGGAGACUGUUGUUCCAGCUGCUCCGUCCGUUUCUCUCUUACUGAAAGGCGUCACCAUUGCAGAAACUGCGGGCAGCUCUUCUGUCAGAAGUGCAGCCGCUUCCAGUCGGAAAUCAAGCGUUUGAAAAUCUCCUCCCCGGUGCGGGUUUGCCAGAACUGUUACUACAACCUUCAGCACGAGCGAGGCCCGGAGGAGGGAUCCUGGAAUUAACAAGGCAGAGGCAAGCCACACAAAACGCCAGGCUGCGCACUGCAGGGCCCACAGGAACUUGGUCAAUUUAAUUCAUUGCAGGAAGGAACACGCAGCACAUCUAGAAAGGAUUGCAACGCUAGCCCUGGACACUUCGUCUUUGUACUGCGCAGCAAAGCACUUGCGAGCAAAAGGGAUCAUUCAUUUUCCAUGCACAUUUUCAGAGAAGGGGCUGAAAGCGUUCAUGGGGCCGGCGAGUGUCAGGCGGAGAGACGAGCAGUUGCCGCAACUGCAGCGAGGACCCACAAGACCCAGCCUUCCCCGCUAACGUGGCUGGGAAGGAAAACCCAUCAUUAACCACCCCUUGUUCUGUCUUUGGUUUUGUAGAGCUAGUCACCUUAUUUGUGUUGCGGGAAGGAGAAGGCUUUUUAGAAGAUAGUUGUAAAUCUGCCUUCUUCGCAAGCAAACUGUGGAUAUUGUAAAUAGAUAUAAUGGCCUUUUUAUUGAAAUAUGAACUUAACUGCCUGUUACAUGGGACAUCAGACCAACCACUAUACCUUGUGUCUCAUUUUUAGCUCAUCCAUCUACUUAAAUAUGAAUGUGGGUUGUUUUUUUUUAAAAAAAGCAUUGAGGCAUUAUCUGUAUUUUAUUUUCAAAACCCGGGCUGCAUGUUUGUUCUUUGGUUACUCGCAAUAUCUUAACUUUAAACCAGGUCAUUCAGAGAGUUUUGAAAGGCGGGGCGAACCACCCUCAACUUGUCUGCGGCAAUAGGACUUAGAAUCUUUCAUUCUCAACUGUAAGAUAAGGACCCUCUUUUUGUUUCAUUUUUUGAAAAAAUACAGAAGAUAGCGCCUAUCUUCAUAUUUAAUAUGGUCUCUUUUUAUACAAUGUGGACCUUGGCUUGUGCUCAUUCUUUGCAGUUUCUGGAUCAGCUGGUUCCUACAACAGUAAAGGCCAGACCUUACUUUGGACAGUAGUAAAUGCCUUGCAUGAAACUCAGAAUUGCCCUACCCCGGAGAAAAAAAAUAACAGACUUGGGACCCUUGCUGUUAUAACUGGAUGCUAAUACCAAUAUAUUGAGGGGGAUUCUCCUGCACAGAGCCUAUUGAAGUGAAUGGGAGUUGCACAAGAACAAUUGCCCACCUUUUAUUCCCCUUAACUGGGCUUUUCUCCUGGGGUUGUCUUGAACUCAUUAUAAUUAUUUUUUAGGCUGACUUUAUCUUUCAUUGGCGUACCAUCAACUUGGGGGAUGUUACUCAAACUUUCAUUGAAGAAGGGCAUUUCAUACAUUAGUGGUUUAAGACCUUAUGUUUCUCACUUCUUUCUUGGGUCGCUUUUUCUCCAGUCCAUCUUGUCUGUAGAGAUGGGGGAAUACACAGAUCAGGCGCAAUCCAUGGGCAUCCUUUUUGGAACAUGGCCUUGGAAAGUGGUGGUUUGUUUUUAUUUUAUUGUGCUGUUUGUUUUCGUUUCACUGUAACGUAUACCAUGUUGUAAACAGGUGAUGAGAUGAAUUGGCCUUGUUCAGUUUCCCAGAUCACCGCUGCUGUUUCGCAGCCGAUGAGUUGACGGUCACGUUAGCAACAGAACCAAAAACCCGGCACACUACCAAGUGAAAAGGAACAGGGCACAACACUAAGGCAAAAACGCAGACAUUCUCAGAUCUGUACCACUUCAGUUGGGAAAGACGAAGCAUUUACAAUGGUCUGAGUACCUUGCAGCGUUACACAAGAUUAAGUGGGACACACGCACACACACACUCCGCACUGCUUAUAUUGAUUAAGUGCUUUCUUUUGACAGUAAAUCGAGCUCACUGACCAUUUUUGUCCACUUAAACAUCCCUGGUGAUAGAGAUGUAUGCACUGAUUGGAAGAUUAACUGUCUGUUUUGAUGAUGAUGUUUUUAAUGGUUAUGAACUGCAAGAAUUAGAUCAGUUUGUGGAUUUGUGUUCAAGUCCCCAAGGAAAUCAUUCCACACACGCAUGCAUGCAAAUUUAUUAAUAUUACUUUCACCCACUCUGUGGUGUUGGAUACAAAUGGCACUGAUCCAGCAGCCUCGCCUACUUUGCCCUGCAAGGAAAGUCAGUUUCCGCACUUAGUUGCUUUUUACUUUGUUGUUACAGCCUAACAACAUGAUCUCCAAGUCACUUAAGUCCCAGCAUAUAUUCUGACCUGUCGAACAAAAUAGCCUUAAGUAUGGGUAAACAUAAGUGGUUUAUAGAUCUUGACCUGAUAAAACUAGUUUUCAAAUUACAGAUAUUUCAAAAAAAAUGUGUUUGAAUUCUCUGAAAGCACCUUCACACCGCUGAAUUUUUGUUUCUCUUAUUAAGGAAAGACUGAACGUUAGAAGAACAGCUUAACUUGAAGUCUCUCUAGCUUGAGAAUUUGGGUUUGUUACUUUAAAAAAAAACACCACCCUAAAUUAUUGAAAAUAAAAUUCUAAGCACUGGAUAGCACAGUUACAACUAUUGCUGGGUUGUUAGAAGACAGCAGGAUGUGUAGAGAUGUUUACUCCUUUUUUUUAGCAUGUUUAACUACAUAGACAUGUUGUACCAGUGUUAUUCUACACUUUUUACAUUUGCCACUCCUCAAGAUGGAAGGUGAUUUUUUUUUUUCCUUCUGUGUGGUUGAUUGCGUCAAACUUGCGUAGUAAUAGGUGUAUUUAAGGUUCUGUGGGCUGAACUUCUCAGCUGCCUACUUUGGGAUGAGUUUUUUUUCCAGAACUCAUUUGUGUAGCCAGGUGAUGGAUAGAAGAGGUUUGCGUAUUCUGUUUGUGUUAAAAGGGAAAAUGGGGGCUCAGCUGCACCACGAAACAGGCACUGCAUAACCUCCAUUCAUUCUGGUGGCCCCUGACAUGGAAGUCCUACACAAGCUCCACUGGAGUGAUUGGCUGGAUUCUUGGCUGCUGCUCUAAUGACCUAAACAAUGUCUAGUAUAGUUCCAUAGACUUAUCAGAGCAUUCUGGACUGAAUAGCUCUGUUUCCCCAAAUGUGUGGUUUCGCAUUUAAUUUCGUUGAGCAGAGCAGCACCUCUAGCUUAUUGCACUGUCCCAUAGCUCCCAUCUCUCCUCCUGCCUCGUUCUUUGAUGUGAUCCUCAUCUUAAUGCAUUCAUGUGCUCUACCUUUGUUUGUACUGUGCGAUUGUAGUGUUCACGCAUAGGAAGUGGAGAGUGGCUAACUCCACCCCCUUCAUCCAUCAGUCCAAUAGCAAAAACACCUUAGAGACAUUAUUUUGCACUUUCUUGUGUAUAAAAAUCAGUAGAAACGUUUUUUUGUUUUUGGUUGUUGUUUUUUUUGGUAUCAUUUAAGACUCCUUUUUGUUUUGGUAAGUGAACUGUGUAUAAAAAAAUAUUUAUGCAGUUAAAACUGUUUUUAGAAAAUAUUUUUAAUUUCAGCAAGUUUGGUUACUUGUUGCAUGACUUAACACAACUGACUUUUUGUGUCAGUACAAUGUAUAUUUUUUGUCCUGUUAUUAAUUUGUAAACUCUAGGUAAAUGGCCAUUUAUUUGUACAGCAACCGGAGUAAAUUGAAGAUAACUGGCUACGACUGGAGGGGUGGAAUUUUGUACUAUAUUGCGGACUCCAAUUUCUGGGUUUUUUUGGUGGAUAUGUAAAAGGCCAGAAGAAUUACUAUCUAGUGUGCAAUCUGUGAUAUUUGAAUGUUUAUUGUAUAUUUGUCUCCAAUGCAAAAAGGUAGAGUAACACAAUUACAAUACAUGAUUAAAUGCAAUAGUUCAGGUACUUUUUGUUUUGUUUUCAUUUCAAAUAAAUACUUGCUAUUUACCACCAAA